AUGACUACACCCACGUCCGAAGGCUUUGCCCCCUACCUCGUACCUGCCGCGAGAAAACCUUGCCAGACGUAUUACAAGAUCUUCGGCGACCUCACGUCAGGCAUCACUCCCCUCAUUGCUAUCCAUGGCGGGCCCAGUGUAGGGCAUAGCUACUUUAUGGUGCUGGAAGAUCUCACAUCGGCAUAUGGCACCCCUGUCGUCUUAUAUGAUCAAGUUGGUUGUGGUAAAUCGACGCAUAUUCAAGAAAAGAAUGGCGAUGUCGACUUCUGGACUCCCCAAUUCUUCCAGGAUGAAUUCCAUAAUUUGAGGAAGCACUUAGGGAUUGAAGAGUACAAUGUCUUGGGGCACUCAUGGGGCGCGAUGUUGGGGAUGAUGAUCGCGACUCACCAACCACAGGGAUUAAGACGGCUAGUGUUGGCGUCUGGGCCGGCAGCGAUGGAUGAUUGGGUGCAAACGCAGAGGAGAUUGCUUAGGACCCUGUCGGAGGGGGUGCAGGCAUGUAUUCGAACGAUCUCUGAAUGCACGAGCGCCGGGACGACUGCUUCUCCGGAGUACCAGGCCGCAUUUUUCGAGUACUUGAAGUCUUGCCUGUGCAGGGUGGUUCCAUUUCCACAAGAGCUUCAGGAUGGGAUCGAGGAAUUACAAAAAGAUCCCACCGUCUGUGCUACUCUGUUAGGCCUCGAUGAUUUCGAAGUCACAGGGUCGAUGAAAGAUUGGAGUAUUGUUUCAGAGCUGCACAGGAUCAAAGUCCCCACGCUGCUCGUAAAUGGGGCUUUCGAUCAAGCGCAGGACAGCGUGCUUGCGCCAAUUUUCAGAGAAAUACCUAAAGUGAAAUGGUAUACGUUCUCGCAGAGUGCGCACAUGGCACAUCUGGAGGAGAGGACGAAAUAUAGGGAAAUUGUUGGAGAGUUUUUGACACAAUGCGAAUGA